CGAAAAUAGACAUAAACAAUUGUUUUGUGGCCGUAUCUGUGAUUAUAUUACCGUAGAGUUCGUUCAUUACAAUUGCAAUAAAACAAUGGUACAAUUAAUAAUUCAAAUACCCAGCGUUGAGUUGGGCUCCUCCCCUGAGUGGGCUGUUGUUGAACUUCAAGGUGAUCUAGAGACAAGACAUGGUGAUGACCUGUCUGGUAAACCCAUUGGAAAUCUUCACUUCACACACAAGGGUAUUCCUGUUCUUAUAAUCGGACACCAUAUUCUCUAUGGAAAAGUUGUGAAACUUGAAAAACCUUUUGCCGUUAUUGAAAAGUUUGACAAGACUAAUCAUAUGGACACGGAUGCAGAUGAAGUUAAUCGGAUGAGUUACGAUGUCAAGGCUUUUGUCUAUCGUAAACUCUUCUUUAAGACGCGGCCAAAACCAAUAAUUGCAAAUGUGCCAAAGAAAAUAUGAGGAAAUUAUUGUGUUGUGCUGUGUGUUGUCAAUGUUUUUUUGACUGAACGUUCAAACGUAGCAGGCUGCUGAAACCUGGUUUGUCAUUCGGGAUAAUAACGGAUGCUUGCAAGUUUUUGAACUUGGUGUAAAGGGACAUCACAUCAGGUAAAGUCUUAUCUCAAUGUGAGACCCCUAUCUCAAUGGAGACCCCUAUCCCAUCGGGUGAAUGUAGCACUUGAUGCAGAUAGUGGCAUUGGCAAAGAUGCUGAAGUAUUUUGGCACAAGGUUAGUUCAUCACGUGAACAAUUUGUUCUCAAAGAAACUUGAUGAGUUGUCCUUCAUGUACCGGUACAUGUGGAUGAAUCGUGGCAGGAGAUGAUUGUCAAGUGGGUCUUUUAUUGUCCCUCAUCUUUUUUCUUCCAAAUCCAAGAAAGAGAACUUACCAAAAUUUGUAAACUUUGCAUUGUGAAUACAUUGGAUAAAUUAUUGCCAGAAUUAUGCCAUUUCAUUCUCCGAUGAGGUUAGGAUAAAUUCUGUGGUUUUGAGCGUAAUGACUCCACCAUUACGCACUUCCAAUAUCUGGGUUGGCACAUGGGAGACUGCUGCUGUCCUACUGUAUUCAAUUUGUACAUAUGUACACAGGUUAUAAUCAAAAUGCAUUUACAUACUUGUGUUUACUAAGGAUAAAUACAAAAUGCCAACAGAUAUAUUCAGGAUGUAGUAUUUGUUUGUCAUUGUUGACAAAUGUUUAAUAUUCUCGAGUUGUAAACAAUACUAAUCCUAUAAUCUUGAUGUAGUCAUACGUGUAAUACAAUGUGUUCUUGUGUGAUGAUGUCUUUGGGAAAGAGUUUCACUUUCAACACGGGUAAAACAAUAAAUUUUCAAAAACACCAUCAAUAUCCAUAUUUGUGCUGUUAUUUUUGAUUCAAGA